GGGGCCAUGGCUUGUGGAAUGGGUGCUUUGUGGGGCAUGGCAUGUGGGGCACGACACGUGGGGCCACGGCAUGUGAGUGGGCGAGCAGACAUGGUGUCGGAGUUCACAGGCGAGCUGCUGACAUUCGCGCUGGGCCACUACUCUGCCACACCCAACCCCUUGCUGUACCCACUCCCGGAUCCCACGUACAAGCACAGGAGCGACAAGGACGUGGGGUGCUGUGGUGUGGUUGAAGACCAGCACAGGAGGGACAAGGACGUGGUGCUGUGGUUCAAGACCACGUGGGAGCGCGUGUCCUUUGAGCCACACACGGACGACAUAGCGCUGCAGCAGCUGCCGUACAACCAUGAGUUGCACUACCUCGCUGCGCGCAUUGCGGAGCGCCUCCCCAAGCCCUUCCUGGCGGUGCAUUUCCGCUCCGAGUUCAUUGCCUUCAGAGUGAUGUCGGACAACCAGCUGCUCCCAAACGGGCACAGCAACGCAACGAUGCUCCAGCAGCAGAUGCAGUGGUGCACGGAGAGCGCCGUGCAGCACAUCAACGCGGUGAAGCAGCAGCACAACAUAACCGCUGUCUUCAUAGCCGCCGACGUGCCGUACAAUGCAUCUAGUGCGCCCUCGCGGUCCAGCUCUUGGGGGUACAUGGAGUGGCUGUUUGAAACGCCGGUUACCAGCAUAGCGGCACAGCAGCUGCACUCGCUGCGGUCUCGUGUCAACGGCACGUAUAUGAUUGAUGAGCUUAUACCCGCUCUCAACUCGUACGAUCCUGGUGAGUAG